AUGGUCUAUGCUCCUCCUGUACAUUUUUAUCCAACUUUCAGCUUAAUGUUUGAUGGCUCUUUUGAAGAGAUCAACUUUAGAACCCCUUCCCUGGUAAAUGCCACCAGUUACCUCCAGACCCUGUGCCUGGCUGAGAACCUACGGACAGAUGGGAAAGACUUGGCUGCUCUGCUGACCACAAAUAACUGUGACAUCCGAAAAUGUGUUCUCUACUUACAGUUUUGGGUUAGAAGUGGAGGGGGAUGCUUGAAGGAGAAACGCCUGGCACAUCAUGGAGGAGAGGAGACAAGUGAAGCAGGUGAUGUAAUUCAUUCUGAACGUGAUGAUUCCAAGGUGGAUUCUCCUCCAGGUGAUGAUGCACGUCUGCAGGAGCUUCCAAAAUGUGACACAGGCUGUGUAGAGACGUUGCUUGGCCUUCGGAACAUCCUGUUGCCUUCAGAAGACUUGUUUACAUUUCUUAAGCACAAAAGCGCAACCAUGGAGGAAUGGAAUAAAUUAAUACAGCUUCUCACAGAAUUCCAGAUGAAGCAAGUGGAUUUUAUAUACAGUAAUCUUGAACUUAUCCUUCCUUUACCAGUGCAAGUUCUUUCAAACCAGUCUGAAGCCUCUAAGUCUACACCUGAAAGGACUACCACAGUUUCUUCAAAAAACAGGUCUACCAACAGUAGUUGCUCUGGGAAGAGUAGCCCUGGAAAAAGGUCUAAGAAGACAAAGACUCAUAAAAGGCUUGAUAUAUUGGAUGACAGUGACUUAUUUGAUACUGAACUGAACUAUUCAUCUGAAUUCGUAACUUUGCCAUUGGAUGGUCCUGCGUCAUGUGCUGAAAUGAAUAAAAAGGAAUCAAAAUUGUUGGUGAAUAGAGAAGAAAAAGGAGUUAAAACUAAAACAUCAGCAAAUGAAGAAAGGUCUGCUCUUGUUUUUCAGUGUCUGAAUUCACUGACUGAGUUUGUGGAAAACAUGUCUUUCCUGGAUUGCUGUGUAAGCACCAACACCAAGGAACCACUGGAGUUUUCCAGAGAGGAAGAAUUUCAUUGGACAAAUGCCAAAAUCAGAAAUGGUCUUUGUGAUGAAUUCAGUAUAGAAAAUACUGAUUGGUGGAGUUCCCAGAGCUCCAGUGAAGUAAAGGCAGCUAUUGAAGCACUCAGUUUUCACAAGUGUUCUGUUAAUAUUUCACAAAACUUGGAAUCCUUUUUGAGUACCAGGAAAACACCUUCAAGUGAUCAGCUGGAGGGACUUACUUUGCAUAUCUCAAACACAAGGAAUGGUGUGUCCUUCAGUGAGUCAGCUGACUCAAGCAUUCACAAAAAGGCACAGAAGAGGCUGGCUGUCAUCAGAACUGUGUUUUCCAGAAGCCCUUUAAACCUGGGGAACAAGCAGGCCAGCAUCCUGGAAUACCUCCCCACGCUCCGCGGGAUCUGUAGGUCUGAGAAGCUUAAAGAGCAAGGGAAGACUAAAAGAAGGUUCUUGCAUUAUCUUGAAGGGAUUCAUCUCGAAAUACCCAGACAAAUGAUAAAUGGUCUGUCUUUGGACUUCCCUUAGAAUUGCUAACACCAGAAAUACUUUGUGCCUAAUGGUGGUAUUCUCACCAUAGUUUGAUUAUUUUUUUUUUAAAUCUUUUUUACCACAUUAUUGUAUAUUCAGAGCCAUUUGUAUAUUAAAUUUUUAUAAGUAUUUAAAAUAAUGUAUAUAUCUAUUGUCGUGCUAUUGCUCUCCACAGCUGAAAUGUGGGUUUGUUUGGUGCUGGUCCAAUGAGUGCAUUUAUAAUAUUAAAUGCACAGACUAUUCCAUGGGGAAUCCUCCAAUUUGGGUGUCAGACAGCAAGAAGUCCUUUUGUAGCAACCAAGUGUCACAACUUCCACAGCAGAGGAGACCAUUUUGUUCAAAGCCGUUUGUUUCUGAAUGUGAGUGAAGUGCUCAAUAACUCGGGGUGGGAGGGGGCAGGAGAGGAUGCAACAAAUCUUCUGAAGUGUGAGUGACUCAACCCAACUCCUCACAACAACCACAGGGAACAGAGUCUUUGCAAAGCACUCAGUGCCUCGGUGUACAUAUAUUUGUAUAUUCCUUUCAUCAUUUACAGCUGUCAGAUCUGCAUGUUAAUCUAAAAAGGUAGAGAAGUUAUCGCUGUAGCUCAAGAUGGUCUCAGAGAUUUAGGCAAGAUUUUGUAAAUAACAAUUAUUCCAGUGUUACUGUGGGUUCAGGAAUAUUUAACUACUUCUAGCCUUAUAUAUUGUGUUCUAUUUUUAUGCUUCUUUUUGUAUUGGACAAGACUUCAGCCUGAUUAUUUGGAUUGGUUCUGGUUUUGUACGACAAUAAAUUGUGAGACUUUGCUACAACUUUGGAUGUUUCUGUUGUAUGAAAAGUAAGAUUUAUAAAACGUUUUCAGGCCAUAGAGAUGAUUUUUAGAGGGUUUUAAAACUGGAAUUAGUUCAGCCAUGUACUUUUCUGCCUUUAUAUUGCAGUUGGACUGUUCCUGUUCCUCAAACUGAGUCAGAUCCUGCCAUGCAGUGCUGCUCCACUUACCUCAGUGUCUCUGUAAUAAUAAGGAAGGCAUUUCCUAGUACAUUCUCUUCCCAUAUUUUUCAUGCCUUAAAGAUAUUCAGGAAUAAGAAAUAUUUAUGAAAACGGUAAAUUAUUUUAAGGUUUCACAUUGUAGAUAAUCUUUAGAGUUUACUCUUUCCACAGUUCAGAAUUAUCCAAAAAUCAAAGUGGGUGCUGUUAAAAUCUUAGUGGGUUGAUGAUUUGUUGCAUCGAUGGUCUGUGCUCCUCCUGUACAUUUUUGUAAAAAUAAAUAAAUACACUUUUUUUU